AUGUUACAAGCUAUUUUACCGCGCCGCAACAAAAACAUGCAUUUUUUCAACGUGUACAAAUUAUUGCCAACCCCUCUCUUUUAUCAAAAUGAGACUAUUCAAUUAGCUCAAGUCCCUCGGUAUUGGGCAAUAAAUCUGGUAGAUAACUCUACCAUGGAAUGGAACAAUCCUGAAGAGUCGGGGCGUAAUCUCGAAAUAAAGACAUCCUGUCAAAGUAGUCCACCUAUACAGUCAAUUUUGGAGAAAACUUCCUUUGGUCAAAUUAUGAAAGGCUUGCCACUCUUAGAUUGUCAAGUAACAUUCGUUCCUCCGGCGCCAUUCUUCCUUCGACAACUACGAGAUAACCUUUGGGUUACUUCUUCCUCUGAACCAUUUCAUUGUUUGAUGAUUCCAGGAUCCGAAUAUUCGACACUUAGACAACAAGCAUGGAACUCAAAUCAGCAUAUAACUUUACCGCUCAUUGCUCUUGUGAAUGUAACUCCAGGAUAUACAAUCGCAUGUCCUGGAUAUACUUUAGUGGGCAAUCCCAUACCUUCAACAAUUACCCGAAUUUUUCGUAACGAUCUCACACUUGAAUUUCUCUCACCGGAAGAUUUAAACAUCAUAGUAUUCGAUGUUUUGCAACACGGAAAUUUAACAUUUAAUUCUCAUUAUGGAGCGCUGCCAAUGGUGCAAAUUGUUACAAACCUACUUGUCCGUCAACAGUUGGACUUCGUCUCGAGCUCGCAAUACACACCCACAAAUCCACAUGAAAUUGGUCGUCUUAUCAUUACAAGCUAUUUUGCUGUGCCACAACAAAAACAUUCAUUUUUCAACGUGUAUAAAUUAUUGCCGAUCCCUUUUUUUUAUCAGAAUGAAACUAUUCAAUUAGCUCAAGUCCCUCGGUAUUGGGCAAUAAAUCUCGUAGAUAACUCUACCAUGGAAUGGAACAAUCCUGAAGAGUCGGGGUGUAACCUCCAAAUAAUGACAUCUUGUCGAAGUACUCCACCUAUACAGUCAAUUUCGGAGAAAACUUGCUUUGGUCAAAUUAUUAAAGGCUUGCCACUCUUGGAUUGUCACGUAACAUUCGUUCCUCCGGCGCCAUUUUUUCUUCGACAACUACGAGAUAACCUUUGGGUUACUUCUUCCUCUGAACCAUUUCAUUGUUUGAUGAUUCCAGGAGCUGAAUAUUCGACACUUAGACAACAAGCAUGGAACUCAAAUCAGCAUAUAACUUUACCACCCAUUGCUCUUGUAAAUGUAACUCCAGGAUAUACAAUCGCAUGUCCUGGAUAUACUUUAGUGGGCAAUCCCAUACCUUCAAGUUCUCCUUCACUCGUAAUCCGAUACAAUAGUAGUUUUCUGAUGAACAACAUUUCUAUCGUGAAUGUUUAUAAGCAUCUUCAUGAAAAUACUUCAUGGUUUAAUACUAAGCCAAGUGACAAACGAAUUGACAAUAUUAUUAAACGCAUGCGUGAAUCAAUGACAAAUACUCCCAAUGAACUGUAUUAUCCUACACACGCACGGUUUUCUAGUGCGUCAAUAGUGAAUUGGAUACUUUUAGCAUUAGUCUCUGGUGUUGUGGCAUAUUAUAUCUAUCAACACAAGCGGAAAACCAUUCUAGGGAGUAUCUAA